UCAUCCAUAAAAAAAUUUAUUAUCGAGUAACCGCCUGAACCACUAAAGUGGCUAAAUAGUUAUAAAUCCCAUUAGUAAAAUAGCCCUAUAUGUAUCGGACUGUUCACCUUAUUUUUUUUCUUUAAUAAUUCAAACUGAAGAGUCUGGAGGGUGUAUGUUGACUUAUGUUCUAUAGCAAACAUAUGGCGGUGGUCGGCCAUGUUAUCUCCCAAAGCAUUAUUUAACGAACACCUACUCCAUAAUUAUAUUCCAAUUUGGUUGAUGAUAUAAUUAAUUAAUCACAGUCUCACAUUUCAUAACAUCACUUAUCACUGGUCAAUACAUGUACACUAUGAUAUUUUAAGUGUGAAUAUUUCAUUGGAGGAAAAAAUUGAUGUUGAACACUGAACCAUAGACUUUAAAAUUUUGAAUUAAAAUGUGACGUAAAACUCACAAUUAUUUUGUUGUACAAAACUUGAUGAUCUCAUGACCCAACACAGUAUAUAUAAUCUAACACCGAGUUUCCAUUACACCGUGUGUGUGAAGUAAUGGAGAAUCAAAGUUCCGUAGCACUAGUCGUCGGAGUAACCGGAAUGGCUGGUCUAAGCCUAGCCGAAGCCUUAAAGCAGCCCGAUUCUCUCGGAGCACCAUGGAAAGUUUACGGCGCAGCUCGCCGCUCCCCCGACGACUGGUUCCCUUCGUCUAUCCUUGACGGCUUCAUAACCUUCGACGCCGUCAACUCAGCCGACACACACGCCAAGCUAUCACCCAUAGCCCACGAAAUCACCCACCUCUUCUGGGUCACAUUCCAGUUUAACGCCGACGAAGAUAUUAACAUCUCCGUUAACAAAACCAUGCUUCUUAACGUUCUCAACGCUCUCAAAUCUUCACCGUUAUCCCCUCUCAAACAUAUAACACUCCAAACCGGAACAAAACAUUACAUGGGUCCGGUUCAAGAUCCGGUCCAGUCCACCCAACUAAUCACACACGAACCGCCAUUUAACGAAAACAUGCCACGACUACCUUACCCGAAUUUCUACUACGCGCUUGAAGAUCUUGUUGCUUCAUACGCGCCUAAAAUAACAUACUCAAUCCACCGUUCCUCUAUCAUAAUAGGCGCGUCGGUGAGAAGUGCACACAACGCGCUUAUGAUGUUAGCAGCAUACGCUGCCAUAUGUCGCCACGUGGGAUUACCGUUUCGUUACCCGGGAAAUAAGUACACGUGGCAUCAUUUCUGUGAUAUGACGGAUGCGCACGUGUUAGCAAAGCAACACGUGUGGGCUGCGGUUACAGAGAAAGCGAAGAAUGAAGCGUUUAAUUGUACAAACGGUGAUGUUUUCAGUUGGAAGAGUGUGUGGAAGUUGUUGAGUGAGGUUUUUGAUGUUGCGUUUGUGGAAUUUUAUGAGAAUGAUGAGUUUGAUUUGGUUAAAUUAAUGAGUGAUAAGGGUGAGGUUUGGGAUUUAAUUGUGGAGAAAUAUGGGCUUCAUAAGACCAAAUUGAAGGAAAUUGCUUGUUAUGAAGCUAUGGUCCCAGUUGUAAGAUUUGAGUUUCAACAUGUGUCUAGUAUGAAUAAGAGUAAGGAUUUUGGGUUUUCUGAGUAUGUUGAUACGUUUAAGAGUAUUAGAUUCUGGUUGGCUAAGCUCAGGGAGAUGAAACUCAUACCCUCCUACUGAACUACGUACAUUACAUUGUUUUUUGUUUUAUCUCUUUUGUUGUUUGUUGUUGUUGUUGUUGACUUCUUGUGUUGUAAUAAUAUCGUUUGUUUUUAUCUUGUGUAUUGCUACUAUGGGUGUCAAUUGUAAGGUACUAAUUAUAAGAGUAGUCAUUUUCUAAUAGGUGAGAUCUAUUUAAAUUUUAGCUACUACUUAACAAAACUUUUCUCUUAAUUAUAUGGGCACUGUUGCUUACAAAUACAAAA